AGGGAAAUGAAAAACUUGAUCAACUUGAGGCAUCUUUAUUUUGAUGAGGGUAUGGAAUUUCCAGCCGGAAUAUUGCGGGGAUUAACUAAUCUCCGAACAUUGUCUUACUUUAAUGUGGGUAAGGAGAUGGGUCUUGGAAUUGAGGAAUUGGUUGGCUUGAACCAAUUGAAAGGUGAAUUAAUCAUUCGUAAUCUGCAAAAUAUAAGGGAUGCAGAAGAAGCGAAGAAGGCAAAAUUAGAGGACAAGAAAAAUGUACUGGAGCUAAGUUUUGUAUGGACAAGAAGCAGAAGCAAUCCAGAAGGUUUGGAGGGUAGGCCAAGCAGCAACGUUCAUGAGGAGAAUGUACUGGAAGGACUCCAACCACAUACCAAGUUGGAGAGCUUAAGGAUUGAAAACUUCAUGGGUGAUAAAUUUCCUCCAUGGAUGAUGAGAAACCCUUUCCCUCUCAACAAUUUGAAGAAGAUCCUUCUAAGCGGUUGUCGCAAGUGCGAACGGCUCCCGAUACUAGGCCAUCUACCGGGUCUUGGACAUGUGGAGAUUUCUGAAAUGCACAAUCUAAAACGCUUGGGAAGUGAAUUUUAUGGUUAUAAUCAUGUUUACGAGGCUGCUGUGGCUACACAAGAGAAGGAGACAAUUGUCUUAUUUCCAGCACUGAAAACAUUAAGCAUUGAACGGUGCGGUGAGCUAAUUGAAUGGAUGGAAGCACCCACAACGAUGGCACCGGCAACAAGUAAAGUAGUGGUGUUCCCUUGCCUGGAGAAGUUGACUCUCCUGGAUUGUCCGUUACUGAGAAAUGCUCCAAGUCAUUUCCCAUCUCUCAAGGACUUGUAUAUAUGGGGCGUGGACAGCGGGAAGCCAAUUGCAAGCAUAUGCAGGGAAGUGAGCACUCUGACUUCUCUCCAUAUAGGGGCCAUCAAUGGGAUUGCUUUGCUGUCCUCAGGGAUGUCGAAGAAUAACAAGAAUCUCACAUCUUUAAAGAUCCGGCGUUGUGGUGAGAUGGUUCGUAUUGCUCCAAAUGUAUUUGGGAGCUGUGCAAAUCUUAAGUCGCUGUACAUUGAGCAUUGUCCAAAACUGGAGCAUCUAGCCGAGGGUCUAGACACGCUCCGUCUUCUCGAGAAGUUGAGCAUAAGUUAUUGUCCUACUCUAGAGUUUAUUCCGAUUGACCACGACAUGGCAUCCCUCCGCGAAUUGGAGAUACAACAUUGUGAUAGAUUAUCUAGUAUUGGCCUACUCGAUCACUGCACCUCUCUACAGGAAUUGCGGAUAUGGGGAUGUAGAAAUCUAACAUCCAUUCCAAUCUCACAGGGCCUUGCAUCUCUCUGCAAAUUGGAUAUUACUCAGUGUGAUGUAUUAUCUAGUAUUGGCAUUCUCGAUCACUGCACCUCUCUACAGGAAUUGCAGAUAAGCAAUUGUAGAAAUCUAACAUCCAUUCCAAUCUCACAAGGCCUUGCAUCUCUCCGCGAAUUGAACAUUUGGAACUGUGGUGGGUUAACGGGCGUACCGUGCGGGGUUGAAAACUGUUCCUCGCUUCAGAAGUUGUCUUUGGGUUACAAUGAUCUGCCGAAUCGUCCAGCUCUCCGCAAAUUGGCUAUUUGGGCCUGUGAUGGGUUAACGGGCUUACCGAGCGGGAUUGAAAACUGCACCCCUCUUCAGGAGUUGGUGAUAUCCUGUUUCUAUAGUCUAGAGACCAUUUCGUUUACACGCGUCUUCCCAUCUCUCCGCAAAUUGCAAGUUGAGAGUUGCGAUGAAUACUGUCCCUCGCUUCAGGAAUUGAUUGUAUACAAAUGCCCCAAGCUAUCAUCCAUUUCAUUUUCUGCGGAUUUGAAUCCAUGUCUUAAGGAGCUGCAUAUAGAGGAUUGCAAUGGUCUACAAUCCCUUCCAGAUUUCCGCAAUUUCACAUCCCUCCUUGUAUUGGAGAUUAGUGGAUGUGCGGGGAUAGAAAGUCUGGUAUGUGGGUUUCAUAUCCCGGUGUCUCUGGAGGAGUUGCGGAUUUCUCAAUGCCAUAACCUAGAGAGUAUUCCAAGUUUAGAGGAAUGCACAUCCCUCCGUCAGUUAGAGGUUCGGGAUUGUGAGAAAUUGAAGCCUCCGUCAACAGGGCUGCGCUGCCUCGCUCGUCUGGAGAAAUUGGAUUUAGGUCCUUUUUGGGAGGAGCUCGACUCCUUCCCUGAUUUUCAAGCUCCAUCACAACAACUUGGCACAUUAUUGUUGCGCGGGUGGCCUAAACUCAAGUCUCUUCCUGAACAAGUUCAACACUUCACUUCGCUGACAGAGUUGGUUAUAGUAUCUUUCAAUGGAGUGCAGGCUUUACCAGAGUGGUUGAGCAACCUUGCAUCUCUCAAGUACCUGGGUAUUUGUGAUUGUGAGAAUCUCAAAUAUCUACCUUCACUCAAAGUAGAGUAUCUACGAAUUUCUGGCUGUCCACUUCUAAAGGAAAGAUGCACCAGAGAAUGGCCCAAGAUUUCUCACAUUCCAAAUAUCAAUUUUUCUGAUUAUUGAAGCCAAGCAAUGCCUCAGCAAUGGCUUUCAUGUUUCAAUAGAAAGAUGUACCAUUGGGAGUGCGCCUGUGUGAGAGCCUCAUGUUGUGCAAGUUAAUCACUUAUCCUCUCUGUAAGCAGAGUAAGGUUUCAAACCAUGUCAUGUCAUAAAAAAUGCAGGUCUGGAUUGAAGCUAUGCAACGUCUCACUCGACUAGCUUGCACUAUUGGAUAUCUGGUUCCAAGUUUCAGGGGAUACAUGUGCCUUCAGAAGUGUUUGAAGUUCAGUUGCGCAUGAUUAUUUCCAUUCAAGUUCUAAGUGCAAGUACAACCCAAGGAGUAAAUUCAUUGCUCUAUCCUCUGCUCAAAUGCAAGAACAAGUUGCACAACUGAUGUACACCAGGUGCAAACUUAGUUCAGGUAUCUGUUGGCUGUAUGAACAAACUUCUGUCACACUUCUCAUUUGUGCGCUCUCUUGGUGUUUCUCAUUGGAAAGCUCGAAUUGUAAUGAAUGGCUGAAGAUUUCUCUCUACCUAGACAAACCUUGUGAUAUAUGUGCUGGAUUUACUGAUUGAGGGAUUGCUUUUGAAGAAAUUAUUACAUGCUCUAAAUGCAGAAUAGCUCGUGAACAUAUGUCAUUUAUAAAAAAAUAUUCAGUUGCUUGAUUGAAGCCAUGCAAUGGCUCAGCAGUGGCUUUCGUGUUUCAAGAGAAAGAUGUAGCAUUGGGAGUGCGCCUGUGUGGGAGUCUCGUGUUGUGCAAGUUAAAUCACUUCUCCUCUCUUAAAGCAGAGUCUGGAUUGAAGCUAUGCAACGUCUCACUCAACUAGCUAGCACAAGUGGAUAACUAUGGUUCCAAGUUUUAGAGGAUACAUGUGCCUUGAGACGUGUUUGAAUUUGCGGUUGCACAUGAUUAUUCCCAUCCAAGUUCUAAGUACAAGUACAGCCAAUUAUUGAAAUCAUUGCUCUAUCCUAGGCCAAAUGGAAGAACAAGUUGCACAACUGAAGUGCACUAGGUGAAAACUGAGUUCAGUUAUCUGCUGGCUGUAUGAACCGACUUCUGUCACACCUCAUUUGUGUGCUCAUGUUUCUCAUGGAAAAGCUCAAAUUAUAACGAAUGUAGGCCAUAAGCUUGACACUUAUGUAUUGUGGGCUUGUAUAGGAGGAACUCGAGUAUGAUUUUAGGAGUGUAUUGCAAGCCUCUUGGUGCUUCCAUGUUCAUGAGAUUCAGUAUGGUGGUAUGAUCUUGUUGUGCAUUAUGGUAGAGCUCUAGAGGAUCUUAUGUUUCCAGACUGUUUCU